AUGCGGCAGGAAUUCACUGGGCUCAGAAGCACAGUUAUGGAGAUUGAGCAUUCCCUCUCUACAUGCACGGAUGAUAUUGUCCACCUCCAAGCCAAAGUGGAUGCUAUGUCAAAAGAGCUGGCCAAAUUGGAGGAUAGACGCGAGGAUUUGGAGUCCAGGCCUUGCUGUAAUAAUAUACGCAUUGUUGCUGUGCCAGAGGAGAACAUCCUGUCUGCUACAGAUGUGUCCAUGCUUUUGAUGGAGGCAUUUCAGCUUGGGAAGAAGCCAUUUGUGGACAGAGCCCACCAAACUUUGGCCCCCAGACCUAACAGUGGUGAAGGCCCCCGUGCUAUGGUUGUGAAGCUGCACUAUUACACGGACUGCGCUAGGAUUCUUCAGAAAGCCAGCCUGGAUGAAAUCCUGCAGGCCAUAAGUACUGCUGUGAACACAGAGGAAGAAUUCCGUAUCACUGUCUCAAGAUCCAAUAUGGUGGAGCGAGGACUUGCACAGUGGAAGAGGCAAAAAAAGGCAUUGCCUACAAAUCAGCUGAGGGUCACAUUUAUCGGAGAGGCAGGAAUUGAUACUGGGGCAUUACGGAAAGAAUUCCUUACAGACAUGGUUGCAGGCUUGGAGCAAAGGCUUUUUGAGGGUGACCAGACUGGGAAAGCUCCAAAAUACUCAUUGUUGGAUCUUGAUCUAGGAAACUUCCGUAGUGCUGGUGAAAUUUGGGCAGUUAGUCUGGCGCAGGGUGGGCCACCACCCUGCUGCCUCAAAGACUGGUGUUACCAGUUCCUGUGUACUGGAGAGUUGCAGAUUGAGAACAUCAUGAAAGAGGAUGUCUGUGAUGCCCAUUACACUUCUGUUAUCUCCCAGGUUCAUUCGGCCACAGAAGAUGAAAUGACAGCACUCACUGAUGAAAUUUUGAGUUGUGGCUAUCAUGGACCGGUUAAUGUCGAAAAGAAAGAAGAAAUUCUUCGUGCUGUUGUUCUUCAUGCCACACUUCGGUUGGUGCCUCUGCUCUCACAGCUACGUGAUGGCCUUAACCUUUAUGGUCUUACUAAUCUACUGAAGCAGUACCCAAGCAUCUGCCGAUCGCUGUUUGUCCCAGGGGUGGAAGUUAAGGCUGAUGCUGACUUUGUUUUUGCAACAUGCCAUCCUGAGUUCAGCGAGAAGGGCUCCAACAAAGAACAGGUGGAAAUGAGGAUUAUGAACCAUCUACAGGACUUCUUGCAAGAGCUGGAAUCACGUCAGUACACAUGUAGUUUAUUGUGA